GUUGUUUUCAGCACAAUGAAAGUCGUUCUUUUAUUUUCAACAAGACAGCAUCUCCUGACAUCAAUAUUGUGAAUAAAAAGAUGAUCAGCAUUUUCCAACGCUGACCGUGGAACAAACGGCUGCCUUCGCAACAAAUAUGAAACUUCCCCGUCACCCUUCGGAAUAUUUUCAGAAUCCAAAGACUUUCGCCAUGGAAAUGACGGAUUCAAUUCUCUCAGAACUCGGAAUAUCUCAUACUAAAAAGACAAUCGUCGGUAACGAAUUCGUGCGCGGAGUGUCCGGCGGAGAGCGGAAACGCGUUUCUAUCGCUGAAGUCAUUGCCACACAGGCCUGUGUUCAAUGCUGGGAUAAUUCAACCCGAGGGUUGGAUGCCAAAAAUGCGUUGGACCUUGUCCGUGUUUUGCGAAAAUCUGCAGCCGCAGAAGGCAAGUCCAUAAUUGCAACCCUUUACCAGGCGGGCAACAGAAUCUACCACCAGUUUGACAAAACAAUUGUUUUAGCGGAGGGGAAGCAGAUUUACUAUGGGCCUGCUUCAGAGGCAAAACCGUACUUCGAGAACUUGGGUUUUCAAUGUCCACCCGGGGUCAACAUAUCGGACUUUCUUACUUCUGUCGCCAUGCAUACCGAGCGAAUGGUCCGCCCGGGAUUUGAAGGGGUUGUGCCCAAUACAGUUGACGAAUUACAGGACCGCUAUUUGCAUAGCGACCUGUACAAGCGCAUGAUGCAGGACAUGGCAGAAAAAGAUUCCUUGGUGCAGGAAACGGAAGAUUCAUCACCGUCAUUUUCCCAAAAGGAGGACCUUUACACCGCAUCUUUUGCCCAUCAAGUGUGGGUAUGCAGCAAGAGGCAGAUUCAAAUUACACGAGGUAACUGGCAAUCAAAUAUACUGCAGGUCUGCUCCUCUCUCGUCAUAGCCGUCAUUACUGGAAGCCUAUACUUUGACCUACCCAACAACAGCAGUUCGAUUUUUGCGAAGACAGGGGCUCUUUGCUUUCCAGUUUUGUAUUUUGCUAUGACACGAAUGUCCGAGACUACGGCUUCCUUCUCGGGAAAGCAAAUAAUUUCACGACAAAAGCGACUUGCGUUAUGUCGACCAAGUGCGUACGCCUUAGCAUGGGCUCUGACCGACGUCCCUAUCAUUGCUGCAGUCUUCUCACUUUUUCAAAUCAUCUACUAUUUUCUAGUCGGGUUCGAACGCCAAGCAAACAAAUUCUUCAUCUGUUAUCUCUUUCUCAUACUCCUGACUCUUUCAUAUGCAUCAAUGUAUCGUAUGAUUGGAGCUUGGUGCCGACAUGCAGGGUUUGCCUUCCAGAUCAAUGGACUAAUCACAACGAUGUUUUUGGUCUAUAUCGGCUACAUGAUUCCACUGGGAUAUAUACCUGUGUGGUUUCGCUGGAUUGCAUGGAUGAACCCAGCGGUGUACGCUUAUAAUGCCAUCAUGGCAAACGAGCUGGCUGAAAGGAAGAUCACUUGCAUAGAGCCACAGUUAGUACCAUUUGGGUCAACUUACGAUGAAGAUCAAUAUCGGGGUUGCUCUGUCCUUGGAUCAACCAACGGGACCGUCAUUGAUGGGGAAGCAUUCAUCAGUGCCCGAUACUGGGCAUCGAAAAAGUGGAUGUGGAUCAACUUUGGUAUUUUGGUGGCUUUUUGGAUAUUCUUCACCUUGAUGACUGCUAUUGGCUUUGAGAUAAACGUUCAUCGUGACUCUAGCCAAAAAAUCCUAUUUGACCACCGAGCUCAGGUCAAAGAAGUAGCGAAGCUCAGAGACAUUGAGCGAGCAGAAGCUAGCCGGGAUCCUUGGAAAGUCACCACAAGCUCACAGCGACAGGUUAUUCUCACUUUUAAGAACCUGAAUUAUUUUGUGAAGCAUGAACGCAGCGAACUACAGCUUCUUCGCGGUGUAUCUGGUUUUGUUAAACAAGGCCAGCUCGUCGCAAUUAUGGGAACUUCCGGAGCCGGUAAGACAACAUUGAUGGAUGUUCUUGCCCAGCGUAAGGAUACCGGACGAGUGGAGGGUAGCAUCCUGGUGAAUGGGAAACCUCAGGGAAUCAGCUUCCAAAGAACCACGGGUUACUGCGAGCAAAACGACAUACACGAGCCAACUGCCACUAUCUGGGAGAGCCUCAUGUUUUCUGCAAGAUUACGCCAGGAUUAUAGUGUUUCUGACGCGGGAAAGGAGGAAUUUGUGCGCAAGAUCAUGGAUUUGCUUGAACUGACCCCAUACCAGCACGCGGUCGUCGGAAAUCUCGACUCUGGGCUAUCUAUUGAACAAAGGAAGCGACUCACACUUGCUACUGAGCUCGUUGCAAACCCCUCUUUACUCUUCCUUGAUGAACCGACUUCUGGCCUCGAUGCACAGUCCGCCCUUCAAGUAUGCCGAUUUAUGCGCAAGCUGGCUGAAGCUGGGCAAACCAUCGUCUGUACUAUUCAUCAGCCAUCUGAUUCUUUGUUCGAGACAUUCGAUGUUUUGCUAUUGCUAUCAAAGGGUGGAAGAACCGCCUAUUUUGGCCCAAUUGGGCAGGGCUCCAAACAGGUGAUUGAGUAUUUUUCUCGGAGAGGCGGAGAAUGUUCACCUGAUGUGAGCUCUGCUGAGCAUAUUGUUAACUUAGUCCAGUCUUCAGAAGACAUCGAUUGGUCUAAAGAGUGGCUCGAAUCGAAUGAGAGGGCUUGGGCAAUCGCGGAACUGGACAAACUCAAUACCAAUUUUCUAAAAGAUCAAAGGACUAAUUCUCCGUCUCUUGAAGACAAGGAGAAGGAGCUUAGGUUCGCCACUCCAAUUUAUUAUCAAGUUCUUCUCGUUACCAGACGUCAGUUCAUGGCGCUUUGGAGAAACCCCGACUAUGUCUGGAAUAAAAUACUCCUCCAUGUCACAAAUGCAUUGUUCGGCGGGUUCACAUUUUGGAAGCUUGGGAAUGGCACAUUCGACAUGCAGCUGCACUUGAUGGCAGUUUUCAACUUCGUCACGGUCGCCCCAGGGUGCAUCAACCAACUUCAGCCGCUAUACAUUCGGAACCGCAACAUUUUUGAGAUGAGAGAGAAGAAUUCAAAAAUUUAUCAUUGGUUUGCCUUUGUUGCUGCACAGCUUCUCUCCGAGAUCCCGCUUCUAAUCAUCUGUGGCACCAUCGUCUUCGUCGGGUGGUACUUUGCUGUUGGGUUUCCAAUCAAGGGCAGUGUCUCUGGUCUGGUCUAUCUCGAAAUGCUGCUUUAUGAAUGUCUUUAUACAUCUAUUGGACAGGCAAUUGCUGCCUGUAGCCCCAACGCAUAUUUUGCUGCUUUGGCCAAUCCAAUCGUUAUUGGUGCCAUCCUCAUAAACUUCUCCGGCGUCGUAGUACCAUACUCCCAGAUUCAAGCCUUCUGGAGAUUCUGGCUGUACUACCUGAACCCUUUUACCUACCUCACACAGAGUCUUCUCGAGCCAGUGGUUUGGGAUUUACAUAUUCAGUGCAAGAAUGAUGAGUUGACUUCAUUUAAAAUUCCGGCCGGACUAACCUGCGGAGAAUACAUGGCCGAAUUUCUCUCAAGCAACCCAGGCUACGUCGUAAAUCCAAACGAUACCACGUCCUGUGCAUAUUGCUCUUAUACAAAUGGUUCAGAUUAUUUGGAGUCUCUUAAUAUCAACGGGAGUUAUUACGGAUGGAGAGGCGUCGGGAUAACAGCACUGUUUUGCAUCAGCUCUUACGGUUUGGUCUUUUUGAUGAUGAAACUUCGAACCAAGGCAACGAAAAAGGUUGACUCAUAGAGAACAAUAUUUGGGAAGACGGAGAGAUGAGCUGUGAGAAGUGAGAACGACCGUUCAAUCCUAAAAUAUAUUGGUGUUUAUGACUACGAAAACUAAGCUUCAGAAAGCAAACUAGAUUAUAGAUGAGAAUCAAAGUCCUUCAAAUGUUUGUGUGUAAGCUUGUUUGUCUAUCACCUAAUCUGACUGUCUAAAACCAAACAGACUCUAAUAUAGCUAUUAUAUAUAUCAAUUGAUAUUUUUUAACACUAAAUUUCCACUUGAAUUUAGUCAGUAUGGCGUCGAUCAAACUCGACAUCUGGAUAUUACGCUGAUUGCCUGCCAUUGCUUUCAGUCGUCUAUGCCCUGCAUGCUAUAAACAGAUAUAUCUGUCCCUGCUCCGGCGAAUAAGCGAUAUGGUCUUUAUAUUAAAC